AUGGAGAGCAGCCAUGGCCUUCCUGAGGUACCUCGAUCGGAGCCCGUCUUCCCCCCCUCAUCAUCACAGGAGAUUCCUUCGUCUCCUCCGUCAAUAGUAUCCGAUGCUGGCGUGCGACGAAAACUCAAGAAGCCCCCACCAGUCACGCCUCGGUCUUUCAGGCGCUUCUUUACACCUCGGUCGAUGUUGAGUGGUGGAAACAGUGCGGGAUCGGUCAAGACGAAUCGUCAAGCUUUGAAGGUGCUCAGCUCGCCCGCUGUCAACCGCCUGGGUCCGGCUUUUACUCGAGCGUUGAAGGCGGUUGAACAUAGGACUAGUCACAAUGACGCUUCAGAUCUCAUUCGAACUCCUAGCCGAAAGCGAAAGCUAUCAUUCUCGUCUGUUGGGUCUCCGCUUCAGUCAUCGCCUUUGCGGAAGGUUCGCGUGAGGGCUCCUGUGGACGACGACGAGGAGUUGGAUGUUCCAGUAAAAGAUACGCGGGUUGUCUUCGAUGUAAAGCAUAAUUACACAAAACCUUUAGCUCCUGGCAGACUGUCUCUUCCAGUUGCACCUAUUCGACGGUCACAGUCGCUGCAGACAUCUGGAGGGCUGUAUAUGAGGAGUGUCCUGGGAUCACGGGCAAAUCGAGUCACAAUGCGCUCUAACUCUGGAGCUGGAUGGCAGGAUUUGACAUCCACAUUCUAUUCCCGUCCUGCCGACAGUUAUUCUUGCGCGAGCUAUACUGGGGACCGGCUUGCUCUUCCUUUUUGCACCGCGUCAUGCAAUACCAACUCACUCGUUGCCGUCGGUGAUGAGGAGGGCGGCAUCCGACUUUUGGAUUCUGCGAAGGACGAUAAGAGCGGGUUCUCCAAGGCAUACCUUACGUUUCGUCCCCAUAUGAAUGCCAUCAUGGAUCUCGAGUUCUCAUCCGAUGAUAUGUUACUGGCAACGGCAUCCGGAGAUCAAACCGCCUUGGUGAUCGACAUGGCUACCCAGAAGCCGGUAUACUGCCUAUCAAACCAUGUCUCUUCGGUGAAACGGGUUCAGUUUCAACCGGCUGCAAAUAACAAAGUUCUUGCAACAUGUAGUCGGGAUGGAAAUGUCAACAUUUGGGACCUGCGGUGUAAAGGAUUUGAGAGGCCUUCUCUGCAAGUUCGAUGUUCGCUCGAAUCCGAGGCGGACAGUUCUCCCACAUCUCUUCCAUCCAAAAUGAUCUAUCCUCAAGUUCUGAAUACAAUCCAUGGAGCCCAUGCAUGGAUGCCGCAAGCUUCCACGGUGGAUAAAUCCGAACCUCAAAUUGGCCGUUCCGAUAUUACGGUAACCUCCUUGACUUUUCUUCCUCCUGGCAGGGAGAAUCUCUUUGUUACAGCUUCGGAAGCCAAUGCGUGUGUAAGACUGUGGGAUUUACGCACAGCACACAACAAUCGUCGGGGUCGUCCAGUUCUUCCUCUGUCGACUACCCGCGAACCCGAUAGUCACAUCAAAUACAGGCGCUUCGGACUGACGUCAAUGACAAUGAAUGGGGAUGGUUCAAGGCUUUACACUCUCUGCCGAGAUGGUACAGUGUAUGCUUACUCGACGUCCCACCUGGUACUCGGACAUGCCCCCGAAUUGUCGUUGUAUAACAACCGCCCAAGACGUUCUGGAGGAUCUGAUAAGGAGGGUCUGGGUCCGUUGUACGGAUUCCGUCAUCCACGCUUGAAAGUGGCUUCGUUUUACGUGCGAGUUGGCGUUCGAAAAGCCACCGCUGAUAAAGCAGAGAUGCUCGCUGUUGGUAGCAGUGACCAUUGUGCCGUGCUGUUUCCUACCGACGAGCGGUUUCUUCACUCCUCUGCCGAGAAAUCAGCCGUGAAUUCAAUGGCACAAUCACCUGGAGUGUCCUUCACCCGUUCUGGCUUACGCCGCACGAAUUCAGCAGUUGGCUUAUCUGGACGGUUAGAGGAUACUGUGCCGAUCUAUCAAUCAGGGACGCCCUUGAUUGAAGGCCAUAAGAAGGAAGUCUCGGCUGUCUCGUGGUCCGCAGACGGUGAGCUCAUCACGGUUAGUGAUGACUACAGCGCUAGAUGUUGGCGCGAGGGACCCGAAGCUCGAGAAUUACGAGUCAGUGGCGAGACAGAAGGAAGACGAUGGCGAUGUGGAUGGGCUGACGCCCAAGAUCCAUAUGAUGAUGAUGAAGAUGAAUGA